GUGCGCGGUGGUGUGUAUGCAUGCAGUUGCCCAGUACCGUAUGAACGAGCUGAGUAUGUUUGUAAACUGGGUUUUCUAAAAGUUUGUUUUAAAUGGACCCAUGAAUCGCGCGAGGCAUCCCGCGAGCCUGUGACCAGCGCCAGCAUCCAGCACCGCGUCCGGCGUCGAGAUGUACGCGCCGCUCGCCUGAGAGCGAAAACCCCGAGUGCGCCGAGUGCGAAGAUUAGGUGGAUCUGACAAAAAGGGGUUAGGUGCUGCGCGAGGAAAACACACGGAUUUCGCACGCAGAGUGGCGGUGCGAGAGUCGAUGAAUCGCGCCGCCGUCAGGAGAUGCUCCUGCUCGCCGAAGACGCGCUCUCGGCGUAAGUGAACGAUGCGCGGAUCGACGACGACGGCAGGUUACGUUUCGCGUGAGUACCAAACCGCAAGAGUCUCCCCAAGACACGGCGGCGCGCGGCGAAUGACCUACAAAUUGCAAUAAACAAUUAACGAAGGGAAAUCGUCGCGCGUGCAAGUCUUCCACUCGGUGUGCGCGCGUGUGGAAAACCUGCUUUCCAUACGGUGCACCGUCGACCCACACAACAAAAAUAACAACAAACAAUGUUAUUCUGUUGAGAUUACCUGCACUAUGCAGUUGGUUUCUGAUUGUGUGCAUCUGUACGAAAACUCGGGCUGAAUGUUGAAUUGCAGUGGUGAGAAAUAUGCAAAGCCUGGAAGCCUCAUAUGAGGAGGGUGAGGUGACACCUUCCUUGUGUGAUUGUUCAUUCAAAAUGGUCUGCACCCACAAUAGAAGCUUCAAAAAAGCGAAACUGUCGACGCAACGCUCCUCCUUGUCCGUGCUGGACAAUGUGCCAACAUAUAACGACUCACCGCAUGCAUCGGCCGGCUCGACGACGCCUCAGAAACCUCAAUUUUGUAUACACACUAAACUACUGCACCUUUACCUAGAAGAGUGUGCCAAGGAUCCCAAUCAAUUAAGAACUGGACUAAAACGCAAUACGCACUUAUUAGAGAAAUUGGUUGCGAGAGAAAGACUGAAUACAAUAAUUCUAAAUUUAUAUCCAGGUAAUAAAGGUUACUCAAUAACGUUCCCGAUGCAUCCCUUGAGCGACUCAUGUACAGACGACACUGCCGAAACGAUGGAGACCAAACCAUGGCCUUACGAAGACGCCGAGUUGCUACGCUACCUAGACCUGGAAGAACUGCCGGCGUUUCUCGUCGAUCUGUUCGAGCCGGCGUACGGCUUCCUCUUCUACAGCGGCUGUAUCAUCGCGAAGGUGCGCGACUAUCGACAGGCGUUUCCAGCGCAUAAAGCCACCAUUCACCACGUACUGCUACGGCCGACGCUUCAAAGUAUACUCGCGGACGUGCAAAAGCUUGCCGAAGAGAAGAGCGCCGAGGAGCGAGCGCAGCUUGAGAGUCGUAUACUGCUCGCGCAUCAUCCAACGCUCUGCCUCGAUAGUAAAUCGACGACGGUGGCCGAGCGUACUGCACAUUUACAGCACAAUCGGCAUUUGUUUGUGACGAAUCGCAUUCGGCGUGCGGCGAUGAAGUACUCGCAGGUGACGAUUAAUCGCAAGAAGAAGUUGAUGUCGCACACGCAGCGGCCUGGUCUGGAGUUGUAUGAGUAUAUGAAUAGGUUGCGAGCUCGGUCGCGGACCGGCGCGCCAUCUACGGUGAGACUGCCUAGGCGGGAAGAACUUAAGCCAAUUCCUGCGCCGUGUCUUGAUAGUCCUUCGAUAGCGAUGCCCUCACAGGGUGUCGAUAUUGCUGAAUUCAAGGCGUAUCCACCAACGCGUGAGACUCGCGAGAGUGUUGACGAUGCAGGCUUCCCACAAUACAUGGAGAACUGCCAGCCGCAGCUCGUGGAAGAAUACGUGCUGGAAACCAACAUGCAUUCGAAGGAACCGGACAAACGACGCGUGUAUCAAAUGAAGUUGUCGAUACUGCAGCGACCGCUCAAUGGCGAAUACCUCGGCGAGUUAUAUCUUGAUAGGGAUCAUAAAAAAGGCGAGCGUAAUGGCGUCGCUUCACGGUUUAGUCUGGGCACGCGCGUGCAAGCCAACCGAUAUAUCCAGCAAUUCACGGAGAUCUUCACCGAGAGCGGGCGUAAAUCGGUACGAGUUAACUAUUGCUUUGCGCAGAACCAUCCGCAGGUGUGCUUUAAGGUGCAGACUCCGCAGCAGGCGGCGGGCGGCGUCCAGCAUCCUGUUCAACCGUCGGCGCCUACGUUGCAGCCUAGCGUAGCUGUCUCCUACCAACCUCUGCCCGGCACUGGUGCUAAUUCGGUCGUCAAUGGCACGACCGUCAACUUGCUGCCGACGCAUCAAACUGCCUCUGCUUCUGUUCCCAUUUUGCAGGCGCAGCUGCAAACGAAUAAACAAACUCAGGAUGCCAACUCUGAACUGGCUUUUAACGUAUUGUCCACGAAGUUGAUGAAUUCAGUGCAACAAAUACAAGCAGCAAACGCGAAGCAAACAACGCAAAAGUCAACCUGUAGCAACGCAGCAAUAAUAAACCUCCUGAAUCGCUCCCCAGCGAGCAAUAUCAACAGCGACGCGAAUGCGGCGGUCGUAAACGCCAUCAACAACUCGCAGCUGCUCAGCCAGCAGCAGGGCACGAAGUUUGUCGGGCGUAAGAUAACCGUGGCGAAUAUGUCUACGAAUGCACGCGUACUCAACGCCGCUAAUGUGAUAUCGGUGAACAACAAUCGUUCGCUCGGCGACACGUCCGGUCUGCAGCCGCAGCAGAUCACGCUAUCGACCGUGUCUGGCAGCAAUUUCUUCACCACGGUGACGGUCUCCAAGCAGCAAACGCGCGCUCACAAUGACGGCGGUAAAGCGGCGCUGUCUGCAUUACUUGUGGGCACAGCCGCCGCUGAUCAACCCGAUAUCGCGUCGACAAACACCAACUCUUUGCUUCUUGAAAAGCUCGCCGGCAUUUCGUCCGGUUCUAGUAAACACCCCACCAGCCCGACAUUCAUCCAAAGUCCCAAACAAUACGCGGUGCAGAGCCCGAAGAUGUCACCGCUGGCGUCGCCCCCGCCACAGACGCAGACCAUUAACGUGCAGGGCCUCAACUACACGACGAUACAAGGCUUGCAGGGUGUGCAGGUGCAGCUGCCUGGUUUCUCGCAGCCGAUGCGCGCGUUUUUAAACGUCGCAUCCACCGGUGGGCUGCAGGGGCAGAGCUUGGUAGUGACGGUGCCGGUAACGACGACAGCGAACAGUGCGGCCGGCGCCGGUGUGACGCAGUGCGUGAACAAUAAUAAUAGCAACGUUGCGAACGCGAUCAGCGUCAGUAAUGUAACGGGCACGCCGACGGUGGUGCUGGGCAAUGCAGGGACGAGCAAUUUAGCUCAAUUAGUUGCGACGGGGGUGAACGUAAAGCGCGCGGGGGUGCAGGGCACGGUGCUGGCGGCGAACAGCACGCCGCUGCAGCUCGUCACGCCUAUUCAACGACCGCGCCAGCUUCAGCAAGGCCAACGCCUGCAGUUCCAGCAGCAGGUCCAGCGACAGAUGCCUAUCACCAUCAAAAUGGCCGCCACUGGUGGCGCUGUUUCAGCGCAAUCUGCAAAUGUGACGCAGAACGUCGUGCAGCAAGUUCAGAAGCAAUUCCAGCAUCAACAGGUGCAGCUGCAGCUUACGAAUCAGCAACAGUUUCAUCAGGCGACCGCCUCGCAGCCGCAGCACAUUCACCUCAACAAAAUCGCGCGAAGAUCUAGCCAAAAUGUGUCGGACCCUCCAUAGAACAGCGCGCUCAGUAUUCGAGUCACUUAAUUAAUUAAUUAACAGUAACGCAACGCGAUGAAUGCUCACAAGACACACACGCGCUUGGUGAUGAUUGUAAAUGAUGACAUUUUUAAUAAUUAGUUGCGCGAUCCAUGCUGGAAAAUGAUCGCGUCUCGCACCCGGGGAGUAAAUACUUUUAUAACACUAGUCUUAGCCGGAUAGAUAUCGUGGUACACGCCGAUUUUUUUAAUUUUAUUUUUCUCAUUAUUUUGUUUUAAUUAUUAAUUUAUUUGAUCACUGUUAAUCUGUACAUUUUUUUUUCUUCUACUUGUAUCAUGAACACACUUAACAGACACGCAGACACACGAAUGACGCGAAACAAAUAAGGGCAAAAGACUGAUAAACGUAGUAACAAAAUAGAACUUAACAACAACCAACCAAGCAACACAAUUGAAACCAAACAAAAUACACACACAUACACACCACAAAAGUCCACCUGAGCUGAAGAAACGUCACUGUCACAAUCAUAUUAAAACUAUGAUCUCAUUAAGAUUAAUUUUUUGUUAAUUAAUCAAAGAAAACGUUAAAUGUUUUAUUAUUUAGAUUUGUAUUAUGUGCUAUCGUUCAAUUCUCUUCAUUUUGCACAGAAACUCGACUGUUCCUAAGCGCUGCCAGCGGAUUGGAUGCAAUGAGCAGGAAUUCAAACCUCAAACCCCUAGAAAUCCUAACGGCUCAAUUAAUCAAUCUUUUUUUCAAAUAAUUUUGAUAGUGUAUCAUUUUGAAAAUAAUUCUUGCAUCCGUUGUGCUGGCGUGAACUGUAUGUAACUGCGAAACAAACGAAUAACGCACUGAUAAGACAAUAUCGGUGUCGAAAGCAACUUGAGGGCCUAACACACACGUUCGUUCCAACUGCGCGCGUACGCAAAACUUGUAAUCACAAACGCACUCUUCGCCCUGCGUACCAGCCUAACAUAGACAAACUAUUAUCAGAUCACAAAGUGCAUUCACUUCGUCUAGAUCCAACAAAAUUACGUAGCGCAACAAAUGUAUAGCUAUUCGCGGUAGAUACGAGGAUAUCCUAUAAAUUGUAACUGGUGGAAAAAAAUUUACAAUACUGUAUUUCUGAAUGUAAGUAAUCUAACGAGCACCGACAAGUGGAACACAAAUAACUCUCGGUGGUUAAGGUGGAAGGCGCGAACACAAAUUAAGGUUGUAUUUGUUAUUAGGUAGCGAAAUGAACUAAUUGAAAUCAUGUAAAUAGCAUGCGAUUGAUGUGCGGCGUUUAAAUGAUGUAAUAAUAUGAUGCAAUGUAUUCAAAUACUCUUUCUGAGAAUUCAAAAUGGCCGACGCUACUUUUCAACGGAUUUUGGGUUGUGUUAUAUUAUUAUGCAUUUAAAUGUGGAUCUUGAGCAAAAGGAAUUGUACCGCAGCGUAAGAUUGUAAAUUGUUUUGUUUUCAUUUUCGAAGACGAUGAUAAUCGGGGACGGCAGCGCCUUCAAACGAAAAACAAAAAUUACGGAUUAGUUAAAUUUCUUAAGUGUUAGGUACUUCUUGUAAAAUGUAAAUAGCCACAUUGUUUUCCUCCGCUCCCAACUCCCAGAAUUAUCUAUAUAUAUAUAUAUACAUACUGCAUAUAUAUAAAUAUUAUAUAUUUGUAACAAAGCAAGUUCUUUUUUAAAUAUUGUACAUAGUUUCUUUUGACGCGUCCGUUGUAGUAGGUACUGCUAAAUUAUCUACGCAGCAAUGAUUUGUACGUAUAUCUAUUAUUUAUUGAAAUCGUUUUUCUUUUAUUUUAUUAUUUACCCUUUUUCGUUUUACAAAGUUGUUGUUAAUCACUGAAAUUGUAAAAAAAUGAACACAAACAUGUUUAGAUGAUGUAAGACUACGAUUGAAGGCAGAUGCAGAUGCGAAAAACAAACAAGACGAAGACAUUGUAUAAUAAUUACGACUAAUUAACUACGUAUGUGUAAAAAAUUUCAACUUUUCGGCUAAAAAACUCAUGUUGUCCUGUUGGUAAUCGACAAAAUACGAGAAUCGAUGAUUCACAAUGCAUAAAUUAGGUAACGGAAACAAAUUGAAAACAAAUUGUAUAUGUGUAAAAAAUGAAAGAAACAUUUGUCAAAUUAUUGAUUGCAAACACACACUCAUUUGUAAACGGCAAGUUUAGUCACAUACCUUUUAGUAUUGUAUUAAUCUCUCGAGCAGAAACAUUCACACGAUUCAUGGCGGAAAGUCCUCGUUCAGAAAUGGUUAACAUUAACAAACACACCUUGAAGGGAUUCAUUCUUUCUGAAUACAAUGAUUAAACUUUUUUUUAUUGAA